AUGUCGCACGUGCAAUACUCAAUUGAAAGUGUUUGCCCCAUGCGAGUACAGCCGCUGACUACUUCAGUCAUAGCAAAGAUGGCGCCGACUCGCGCAAAGCGAACGCUUGCUGCUGCGUUCGGCGCGACAGAGCACCGCUCAACCCGCUCGCAGAGAUCGAAGACUACUAAGCCGAGCACCACGGAAGCACCAAGAAAAAGUAUCAACGGCAAAGCACGACGACGGCCUCCUCAGGCGCAAGACUCGAUCCAGUCUGAUGAUGCCUGCAGCGAUAGUGAUGAAGAUGACAUGUAUGAGGUGGAAGCUAUCAUCAAGGAGAAAGACGGUCGGUUCUUCGUGAAAUGGACUGGUUACGAUACGGGUGACAGCACCUGGGAGCCCGAGUGCAAUCUGAAGCCUCAAAUGACCAGCUCGCCUAGUAGUGGUGACUCCAGCCUUAUAGGCGCCCAUGUUGUCGUUUUGCCAAGCGAAGAAGAAUGGAUGCCUGCUACAGACUACCGUUGUGUUGGAUCGGCUUAUCUGACUAGCGUAAUUGCUCGUGAGUACGUGGAAAAGGGCAAGAAGAAGCCGUCGAGAGCCAACCCACUGUACGAACUUCGGUGGACGACAUCACAAUUUUAA